UUGGGGAUCUGAGAGGUGUUCUGCAGCCGUAAUGACUCUAUGGUUCUGUCAGUGGGAGUGGUGGGGAUGGGUUGAUGGGUGGACUUGAUGGUCUUGGAUGUCUUUUCCAACCUUAUGACCUGGAUGGAGAGGGGAAGCGAUGUGCACACCCCUUCAGAACACCACCAGCCCUCCGUGAUGUCCCGAGUAGAGACACAGAUACGGGCUCUGAAAGCAUCGUACUGGGAUGGGCAAGGGCCCGGGGACCAGCGAUAGGAGAGGGGACAGGGCAGAGCAGCACUCCCUGCUGCAGGAUGCCAGAUGUUUACGCAAGUUCCAGGAGAGAAUGUGAGGGUUUGUGGAGGGGAAACCCAGUGGGAAAUUUUGAACGUACAGAAACUGUGAGCAAUUUGGGGGAAAAGAAGGCUUGCCCUGUUCUCAGAGCCUUUCCUGGGCUUCCGCUCAGCCAUUUCUGCCCAAGGGAGGAGAUGGAUGACACAGGCUGCGGUCCAGCCCUGGCCAUGUGUGCCCACGCUCUCCCUGCCCCUGCCUGGAGGAGGUGAUGCCGCCACGGCACCCUGGGGAAACCGAGAAGGGUCCACGCUCUGGCGUUCUGCUAACUGCUACUAUCAACCAGUAAAUCUGCAAGUGAAAAGGCUGCAGCUGCUGCAACUGCUUAUCUGUGGGGUAUGAAACAAAUCUCUGUCGCUUUGUCACGUCAGGGUUUUCCUUGGUGCUCUUGGCUGCAGCAGUCUUUGCACGAGAAUGACAGCUCUUCGCUCGAGAAGAGUGCUGGGGGCAGGAGGGAAAGCUCAUUUCCCAGCAGUCAGCAUCAGACCCAUUUCGUCAUCACCGAAGGAAGGAACUGCCAAUGUGGGGCACAACCCCUCCCACAGGGCCAGCGGAUGGGCAGUAUCCCAAACCCGCGUCCCUGCUCCCCACAAAGCAGGGACAAAGGCAGCCCUGGCUCUGGGCAGCGUCCUCCGGAGUCCUCACAUUCCAGCUGGUGGAGGGGCAGUGAACCCUUGUUUAAUGGGGAACAAUCACAUCUAGGGUUGAGCUGAGCGGAGUCCAGCAGCAUUGAGUCGAGUCCAGCAGAGUCCUGUUGAGCAGUGUAAAGUCCAGUCGGGUCAAACUCAUUGGAGUCAAGUCUGAUAGAGUAGAAUCAAGUCGAGCUGGGUCCAGUAGAGCCCAGUAGAGUAGAGUAGAAUAGAAUAAUUCAGUUGGAAGGGCCAUACAAGGAUCACCAAGUCCAACUUCCUGACCAAUUCAGAGCUAACCAAAACUGAAAGCAUUUUAGUAUGGGCAUUAUCCAGAAGCCUCAGGAGCGCCGGGCAGCCACGAGGCACCGGGGGCCUUGCUAGGAAGCCUGAUCCAUAUUUGAGCACUGGAAGGAGCACAUAAAAGGGCGUCUUUUGCCAUACAAAGCAGGGCACUAAAGCAGCAGAGCAAGGUCCUCGUGGCGAUGGCGGUGGUGCUGCUGUGCAGCUCCUUGCCCUCGGGCAGCCAUAAUGAACGUGGUGUUUUGGGGGCUGCUCCUCGGGCUCUGACUGCAUCUACCAAGAAGCAGUAGGAGGGUCCUCAUGGUCUUCUUGGAGUUUGUACAUCAUGUAAAAGAAAUCUUGGUUUUGCAAGGCUCGUGAUAACAUCAAGAGAUGCAAAGAGUUGCAAAAACAACAACAACACAAGCUGCAGAGAGGGCAAAGCCAUGGGGUGAGCACGCUCCCUACAGCCUCCAGCUCAGAGGCAGUGGGGUAACGCUGCCUUUGGGUCCAGGAGGGCUCCAGGCACCUCAAAUCCUCCCCAAAUGGAGGUGGGCCAUCGUCUGAAGCUGCCUGAAUUCCCCUUACGGAUUGCUGAGGUACGCACUUUGCAGUGAGAUUAAUCAGAUGAAGUGCGACCUCUGUGGUUUCCUGGAGUCUCGUCUCAGGGUAUAAAUCCUUCCUGAGAGCAGGAAGAGACCCCGCUCUCAGCCUCAUACCCUGGGGUAUCCUGGAGGCCAUGCAGCACCCACAGAGGCUCCUGCUCGCCGUCCUGCUGCUGGCGUGGCCUCUGGGCACGGCUGGUCGCUCCUGGAGCCAGAUGGAGCCCAGGGGCCGGGCGCUGGCUCCAUCCAGGCCCUACAUGGCCUAUCUGCGGGGCAGCGACGGGGGGUUCUGCGGGGGCUUCCUGGUGGCCCCCGGGUGGGUGAUGACGGCUGCGCAGUGCUACCGGCAGAGCUCUCUGACGGUCAUCCUCGGAGCCCGCGACAUCCAGAGGGAAGAGGAGAGCUGGCAGGAGCUGCAGGUGAAGAAAUACCACAGGCACCCGCAGUACAGCAGGCCCGAGUUCGGGCACGACAUCCUCCUGCUGGAGCUGAAAGGCAACGCCAGCACCAACGACCGCGUCAGGGCCAUCUCCUUCCCCAAGAUGCGGGUUCCCGGCGGGGCGGUGUGCAGCAUCGCCGGGUGGGGGCACGGAGCCGCCGACGCCGCCCUGCACGAGGCCAACGUCACCAUCAGCAAACAGAGGGAUUGCCUCACCAUCUACCCCGGCCUCGCCGAACACGUCCUGUGCGCCAGCAGCGGCAGUAACGGGGCUCCCGAUGAGGGCUAUAUUGGGAGUCCCCUCGUGUGCAACAACAAAGCCUUGGGGAUCUACUCCUACCCGUACCGGCAGCGCAUCGCCUUCUACACGCACAUCGCUCCCUACAUCCCCUGGAUCGAAAGCGUCAUGAAGUCUUGAAGUCGCGGUGGCCGCUCUCACCCCGACACGCGGGGCCCUGC